ACACAUCCGAGACUCGUAACUAAACUCUGCACAGUUUCCCCCCGCCCCCCCCUCCUCACUGCGAGCUGCUGCGCGCAUCGCCUCCGCGCCACGGGAUGGCUCGUUCUCUGGUCCCAACUCUUCGGUCAGAAGUCGAGUAGUUGUUGUCGUUGGGACAGUGGACCGACGCUGCAGGUCGUUGGCCCCGGGAGGACUUAUGUGUUUGUGUUUCGGACGCACGGCGGUGGGACAUCCGGAAUGGGGGCUCCGUAGCCAGGGGACGAAGGUCGCUGGUGUGGUGUACGGCGUGCGGGCGCACCGACGCUUCGCGCGCCCUCGACCUACUGCGCAUGAGAUGGACUUGAGGAAGACUAAAUAUGGAAGGUUCAUGAACUGCAGGGUGCCAGCCAGUAAGAGAUACCAGCCCACCGACUAUGAACAUGCUGCAAACUGUGCCACACAUGGGUUGUGGAUCCUCCCCAGUCUGGUGGGCGGGUCGGUGCUCUACUUCUUGUCCGUGGACCAGUGGCAUCGUGUGGCUGCCUGGCUCUAUGGGAGCGGGCUCACCGGCCUGUUCAUCACCUCAACACUCUUUCACACUGCGGCAUGGAAAAUUAGCCACCUCCGAAAUGUGGAGCAGCGUUUCCACAUGUGUGACAGGAUCGCCAUCUACUUCUUCAUCGCUGCCUCCUAUUCGCCCUGGCUGAUGCUGAGGGAGCUGGGGCCGUGGACGUGCCAUAUGCGCUGGUUGAUCUGGGUCAUGGCCUGUGUGGGAUCCAUGUAUGUCUUCUUUUUCCACGAGAGGUACAAGCUGCUGGAGUUGAUGGGAUAUGUGGCCAUGGGGGCUGUUCCUGCUCUGGUCAUCCUGUCCAUGGUGGAGCGUUCAGGUGUGCGUGAACUGGCGGCGGGAGGCGUCUUCUAUGUGGUGGGGGUGGUCUUCUUCAAGAGCGACGGCCUCGUCCCGUUCGCCCACGCCAUCUGGCAUCUCUUUGUCGCGGCCGGAGCGGGCAUUCACUAUUACGCCAUCUGGAGGUACCUGUACUUACCUGGGCCGCCGCUGCAGACGGCGAGGUGACCUGAGUCACCAAGUGACACCAUCAACUCAAGUGUAUUAUAGUCAGUAGAUCACAGUCAUUUUGACAACAGUUAACCUGUUGCUUCGAGGGGACGCGUGUAGAAAUGGUGCCGGGAUGAUCUGACCAGCAGCACCGACAGAGUCUCUCUCUCCGGGUGGGACCAAAACCCUUCACUGACCAAUUAUUGCGUAAUUACACCAAACUCGUGAUGACUGAUAGGGUAUGUUGUGCUGUACAGUGGGAUAAGCGUUCUAAUCCACCUAGUGUGACUUGUCACAAGAAACGCCAAUCUAUAGAAGGAGAAAAUGCGUGGAAUUCAACUGAGUUAACAGUACUGUUCUGACGUUGUACGUGAUGGGGACACACAAUAUGUGCCGGAAGGUUUCGACGAUCAUUGUUCAGUUGAAGGAGUAUACUGUAGUUGGGCAUUCAGUGGAAUAUGUCUUCUCAUGUUCAAAUUGGUACGAUUCUCCUCGAGAGAGAGUUAGCCUGGCACUCUUUAAAAAAGAUGACAAAAUGCAAUCUGUACUGAAAAUGAGAUAUGAAAGUGUUUUUUCUAACCAUUUCUUAGCUGGCAGCGGCGACCUCCUGGAGUCUCGUCAGCCAGCCAAUGGAAACUGCCCGCUGUGCUAAGCUAAAAGGCUUCUAGCUUUGUAUUUACUGUAUCCACACACACACAUAGACCGUGCACAAGUAUGGUAUCAAUCUUCUCAUCUGACUCUUUACAAGAACGUGUAUUUGCCCUUCUGUCAUCCAACCAAAAGUGACGUGCCAAAUUGAAGUGGAAUUCAGUGUCACAGUUGCACGGAAUUCAUUUCACUUUCCACCAUUUUUGCACAUCUACAAAAUAUGAAAACACAGUCAGCCAACAUAAAACUUCCGUCAACGCUUACCGUAACAGUUUUAGGCUGAUACAUUGCUCCUCAGAGCAUUUGGACCUAAAAACUCUCACUGUGCAACAUCUUUUUGCUGCCUCUGGUCAUUAUAAGGUUAUCAUAGGACUAGGACGAGGUCAAUUGAUUUGGCCUCUGAAUUGGGAUUCUGUUUGUGAGUUAUAUUUAUCGUGAAUCGCACAAAAUUGACUCUUGUGGUUUACUGUAAUGUGAUCGGAGAGAUGAAAAGUCGAAUCUGAGAUCAUAGUUCUAAUUUACACAGACGACUGUAUUCUUGGCCAAAUGUUAAAUUGACAAAACUGUGCACAUUAGCUAAUUGUUCAGAGGACUAUGAUAAGCAAGUUUUUUGUGUUUUUGAUGCACUCUGAUUAUUGAGCACUUUUCUAUCAACAGCAGGGGCGAUUGAAGAAGAAUUUCUUGAAAUCCCCUUAAAAUGAAUGAACACAUAGGGUUUAAAUAUAGGUAGAAUUUAUAUGCAAAUUUUUACUAUUUUUAUACUUCUCCUGCACAGUUUAGGUCACACUUUCAGGUCUUCCCUUACCUCUAGUAGUUAAAGAAAUUCUGUUGUUUUAACAGGUUACUUACUCAGGAAGUGAGCAUUUCUUUUUUUCUCUUUUUAAAAUCAGAUCUAUUUUGUAAAAUUGUAUGUCUAUGAAAUCACUGUAUUAAAUAAAGAGCCACUAUAUUACACA